AUGCGGUUGCAGAAUGGGCCUCGAUCGAGGGGGAACAUCGCUGAUAAGGUCUCCGUUAAAAAAGCGCGAGAUGAAGAGCCAAAGUUCAAAGGGAAAAAUGUAAAGCGACGAGCAAGAUUGGAGACUUCAUCAUCAGAAGAUGAAACACCGACCGCAAAACCGGAUCCCGUUGAAUAUCUUCCUUUUGAUGCCAAGAACAAGUGCCACUCGUUAACGCAUUUUAUCUCGACCUAUGAACGACACCCGGAAAAGGCGGACUUGGAUGUUGACAAUUUGGUUGGUCUUCAACACGAGCUCGAAGCAAUGGCCUCACAUGCUGCCGACUUUGCUCGUCACGUUCAACGCGAGAUUGCUUUCAUUCAACGAGGAGUGUACCCGUUAAAGGAUUUAUCACAACAGCCGAUGCCAAUAUUUCACUACAAGAGCAAUUCGAUUGAAUAUUCGGAUGAUGAAAUCGAUCUGUUUGCUGCAGCUCCCGUGGUGCCAAAAGAACCCGAGGAUAAACUCGAUGAUUGGCCGCCAGAACAUGUAGCUAAAAGAUUUUGGACAUGGUGUAAACACGAUUUCCUGAAGCCGAUUGAUGCCGACUUCUUGAGCGAAUAUAGCUCAACUUUUGUUGAACCAUUCAACGAAGAGAGUUGCUCAAAAAUGCUUAUAAAUGAACCAUGGCGCUACCGAACUCGCUCGAAAAAAGAAGCAACAAAGUCUAAAAAGCACGCAAAACUAAAUCGAAGACGAUCUUCCCUUGCUUCUCAAAAUGGAUAUAAAGAUUCGAAGAAAGAGGAAGAUGAUGAACACGAGGAAAGUCCGAACAAAAGAAGGUUGAGUUGUACUGCCACCGAAAACAGCCGUCAAUUAGUCACAAAUGUGUUGAAAGCGUAUGCCGAAGAAUGCAAAAUGAUCGGAGAGUUCAACGAGGAAAAAUUGAAAGUAUAUGUGAAUCGGAGGAAAAGUUCGUCAAGUGAAGAUCUUCCUACAACAUUCGAAAUGAUUUCGCCAAAGACAAAUGGUAACCAUUCAAAUGGACACAGUAAUGGAAAUGGUUCAAGCAAUGGAUUUGUGAAUGGAGGACUCGAUUCAAGUGAGAGUGAAGGAGAAAAUGAUGAGCCAACAACUUUAUCAAAAUGGUCACAUAAUGGAGAUGGAAAUUCGGGACAACGAUGUGACAAGGGGCAAAUGAAUGGAAGUAGAAUUAUGAAACGCAGAGACACCAUGGAAGAGUGUGUUCAAGAAAUCGAGGCCGAAACUGUAAAAGAAACGGGUCGAUCGAUUAUUGCACACCUUACACAACUAGGAGUUACCCAAAAAGAAGCCCCGGAGAUUUUCGACAUGAGUUUGCGAGCAGCUGGUAUCAGUUGUGAUGAUGAGGAACCGCGAGUUGGACAAAAGGGUCGUCGAGAUGGUGAGCCAAUGGACGAGAUCUCUGUUCGUCUCAUGCUGGCUCAGAAGCAAUUAGUCGAAGCUGUUAGUGAGUAUCGCAAGACGUCGAAUGAAACCUACGAAAUUUUGGAGAGCGAAUUUGUAUAUCGAGAGUUGAAAAAGGAUUUGGACAAGGCGGACGAUGAGUUGAUAAGACUGGGCUCGAUGUGUUAUCGAGAACCGCCGUUACCACGAAGAGUUGCAAAUCAAACGGAUAUGGCUUUUCUUAAACCGGCUGUCAAAGCGCGAAAUCGAGCGGCAUCCUUGUUAUAUGGGUCGACUUAUCGAGAAGUACACUGGCAACAUGUGGAACGGCUAAAACCAAAGAAUCGACCUUUGAGGGAUUUGCUUUCGCUGACUAGUCCGAAGCCUUCCGUAUCCAGGGUUCCGAAGGGAGACACAUAUGAAAUCACGGAUCAAGAUUAUUCACUUCCAAGCAAAAAUCCGGAAGAUGAUGAACUAAACGACUCAAUGAAAACAAGUACGAAAAAAGGUCCGAGAAAAGUGAUAGAAUCGGAAUCAGAGUCCGACGAAGAGGUCGAUGAAGUUCCCAUAAAAAUGGAAGUCGACGAGGAUGAAACGUAUUUAGAGGAAGAAGAAAUGACACCACGAUCAUCCAGACGGCAUAAGAAAGCACCAUCGCCAAAACGAAACACCUCAAGUACGAAGAACACGCCCAGAACGCACUUGAGACGCCGA